AUGGGAAUUUCUUUAAGAAUUGAUUAUGGUCCAUAUGAAGCUUUCGGAGUAAUCGAACACAGGAUACAGAAAGUUCGUGGCUUAUUAAAAAGUCUGAAACAAUUAGGAUACGACGUAGAAGUGCGAGAGGUCAGUCUUCUGAAUAGAUUAGAAAUUGUGAUGUGCUGUAGAAAAAUCUUUCAAUGCGACAUUAGAAAUCUACGAUUCAAUAUGGAAUAUGAAGAUGAUCCGGUGUGCAGAAAGGCAGUUGCCGUAGUUGAAGAAGCAGCAAACAGAAUGAAAACGGAAAUGAAUUUGUCGGAAUACGCAACGGCGACAAGAGAAUCAGAAACAUCUGAAUUGGAAUUCAAUGAUAUCACUGAACAAUAUGAGGAUAAGGGCGAAGAAGACAUGUUGAAAUUAGGUAAAAGAAAGAUUGAGAAAGAAUCGGAAAAACGAGAAAGCGACGAAGAAAACGAAGAGGAAGAGGAAGAAGAAGAAGAGGAACAAGAAGAGGGAGAAAAACCAUUUAAAAUUCGUGAUACUACUAAACGCCAUAGAGAAAUAGAACGAAUAGAGUCGAAAAAAUUGGAGAAGUUUCUCAUGGAAAGAAUGCAGAGUACUCAAAAAGAUGACUUCAAAUUUUAG